AUGUCAAACAUUAAAGUUCAAUUUGCUUUCACAGCCUUUAGCGCGACAGUAGCUACAGCAAUCGCGAUAUUUUCAUAUCAAUCAUUUCAAAGACAAGCGCGUACUCGAGCUCUUAAAAGGGAACUUUCUUCAUUACCACCUUCACAAAAGUUACUUCAGCCAAAAAAACGUAGUGUCGAGCAAUUAAGUGCUGUCACCGAACAGAAUCAAUUUGAUGAAACACUUAUAAAAGAACAAUUGGCUAGAAAUAUAGCCUUCCUUGGCGAAAAAGGAGUUGCAAAAUUACGAAAGUCUUUCGUCAUAAUUGUUGGAGCUGGUGGCGUUGGUUCUUGGGCUGCACUAAUGCUGGUUCGUUCUGGAGUUGAACAUGUUAGAAUUAUAGACUUUGACCAAGUAACAUUGAGUAGCUUGAAUCGGCAUGCUGUUGCAACACACUCAGACGUUGGUAUUCCAAAAGUUGUUGCAUUACAAAAAAAUUUUAAAGAAUUUGCUCCUUGGGUAAAAGUUGAGCCAAUUAUUGAACUAUUCACUAAAGAAAGUGCGUCUCACCUCUUAUCAGGAAAUCCGGAUUUCAUUGUUGAUGCAAUUGACAAUAUCGAUACAAAAAUUGAUCUUCUCAAAUAUUGCCAUGACAAUAAAUUACCAAUUUUGAGUUCGAUGGGAGCUGGUGCUAAAGCAGAUCCGUCACGUGUCCAAAUGAGCGAUAUAAGUCUUACGAUUGAGGAUCCACUUGCAAGAGCUGUUCGACGCCGUCUUAAAAAAUUGGGUGUCGAAUCAGGAAUCAUGGUAGCAUACUCUACCGAAAAACCUAAUAUAAAAUUGCUGCCAUUAGAUGAAAGUCGUGUCCAAAGUGCAGGAGAAUAUGCCACAUUGCCUGAUUUUCGGUCGAGAAUUUUGCCAGUGUUAGGCACAAUUCCCGCCAUUUUCGGAAUGGCAAUUGCAACUUAUAUUAUCACUAGUGUUUCUGGGUAUCACGUAGAACCGUUGGCUAAUAAAAAUCGCGAACCAUUAUAUAGUCGAAUGCAUCGCGAUUUACUGAAUAGAGAAAGAAGGAAAUAUGGUGUAACAUCAAUACCCUUAGACGUUCACGAUGUUGGAUAUAUCUAUGAUGAGAUAUUUCGUAGCAAAAGCAUAGUGUCCGGAUCAUGGGAGAAACCAGCACUUGUUAGAUGGAAAAACAAUGUUCCCUUAACACUACAGAAUUGUGUGGUAAUGACUAAGUCCGAGGCAGAUGCACACGAAAAUAUUGAUGACCCUGAAACACAUUAUCCAUCAGAAGUUGUAAAAUUAGUUCAUACCAGAUUUCAAGAAGAAAAAGAAAUAACUUUAUUUCGUUAA